UUUUCUGUAAUAUGCUUCUUCUAACUUUUCUUUUGUAGACAAUUUCUAUAAGAUAUACGUUUACUCUUUGAGAUUUGAAUGACUUCCGGUCCCUUCAGGCCACCUCGAUCAUUUUCAUUAUCUCAACGUAGAGAUCGAAAUGGCCUUGGUCUCUUUCCCCACCCCCCAAUACAGCAGCAGAUUAAUCUCACAUUCCCUUUCAUACAUCUCUCUAGCAAGAAAUCCACAAAAUCUCUCUAGCCAAACAAGAUUUAAGGCUUAUGUUCUUGGUAGUUUCAACUCUCCAAUUUCACACUACCCUUUGAUCCAUAGCAGCUUUUCUUCAAGGCCCCGACGCUUAGCACUGGUGCCAUUUGAUGCUAAAAACUCAGAAUCAGGAGAGGAAGAUCAUCGAGCUCUGGAGACAGUUCUUAAACUUUACAGCGCAAUUAAGAACAAAAGCAUCAAUGAAUUAUCUGAUCUAAUUGGAGAUGAAUGCCGGUGCAUCUGCAAUUUCUUCUCAUUUUUCCAGCCCUUCCAAGGGAAAAUGCAAGUGUUGGAAUUUUUCUCUUAUCUGAUUAGAAGCUUUGGAGAUAAUGCUGAAUUUGUCAUAAAACCAACAUUUCAUGAUGGAAUGAAGGUCGGUAUUUCAUGGAAACUAGAAUGGAAAAAUACACAUGUACCUUUGGGAAAGGGUUUGAGCUUCUAUAUAUGCCAUAUCUACCAGGGGAAGGUGUAUAUAAGAAAUAUGGAAAUGUUCAUGGAACCGCUCCUUUAUAUUGAACCUCUGAGAAUGAAAUUGAUGGGAUCUGUCAUGGCUGCGAUGGAGAAGAUGGAUUUUUACAGAGAGUCCAAGAAUAAAGCCAAGAGAGUCAUAUUUGUUUUCCUCACUCUGUUUCUCAUUGGUGCCUCUCUGUUCUUAUUUAAACUCACUUUCCAUUCGUCUUGAGGUA